AUGAAUAAAGUAAAAUAUGUGUCCCUGUUGUGGAGACACAAGGCGGUACUUAACACGACGGGACGUAGACGGUAUCACCAUCCCUUUGGCACGUUGGAAAGGAAAUUCCACUCACCUGCGAAAUAUACGAAUCCCGUUAAACGCGUGAAGUGCCACAACUGUCACCGUGAGAUGAGCCUUGACGUGGUUCCCCUCAGUUGUCAGACCUGCAGUGCGCUGCUCCACGUGGACGCAUUCAAACAGUUUAACUUCUUUGAGCUUUUUGGCCUACGAACCACCUACCACAUAGACAAAGCACACUUAAAAGAAAAGUUCAAUGACAUACAGAAGUUGUACCACCCGGACAAGCACGCGCAAAAUGAGCAGCUUGAGCAGAUAAACGAAGUCUCCAGCUACCUGAACAGUGCAUACAGAACUUUGCAAAAUGACGUGGACAGAGCCCUCUACCUGUUGAGCAUCCAGUACGACUACAAGAUCCCGGAGGAAGAGAACCUGGAGGAUAGUGAUUUCCUGGCCGAAAUUGUCCAGGUGAACGAACAGAUCGGAGACCCCGAGGCGAAUAUUCCCCUGAUGACUAAGGAGUACAAGAAUAAGUACGAGGAACACGUCGAAAAAAUUAAAUUCCAUUUUGAGAAAGGGGAUUUUGAGCAUAUCCUGAAGGCCCUAAAAAAAUUGAAGUUCAUAAAUAGAAUACUGGACCGUCUACAAAACGUUUGA